AUGGCGGAAUCGAACUCUGCCAGCCUUGAUCUUAAACGAAUGACAGAACAUUUUUCCAAAUCGGUCGUCGGCAAUGAUAUCUCUACUAAGUUUUACUGUGACGGUUUUAAGGAAUUAUCCAGCAUCUUGGAUUCUCUCGGUCGUAUCAUGUACUUCGUGUUACGGGAUGUUGAUCAGAAACUGGGGAUUCUGAACGACCUGCGUGAUACGUCCAAACAUUCCGCGGAUUUUUGUGAACACUUCACAACUUUGAGGAAAAUGUGUGACUUUGAAGCUGAUCAAUAUGAAAGCAACCAUCUAAAGCCGAAUGCUAAGUGCACUUUGGGUAGUCGAAACCUCCUAAGGUUGCAUCGUGCCCUCCUUUUUGUUAUCGAUCUGUUCGAAAAAGUUUGUAAUGAUCCACCGGAGUUGACGCUGUCGGAGCUGGCGAAGUCGGCGUAUGACGAAAGCCUGGCAAAUCACCAUCCCUGGGUGGUGCGAAAAGCGGUUGCAGUGGCGUUCCUUGCGCUGCCGUAUCGCCACACUUUUGUUGCCACCCUCGUAGCCAAUCAACCGGCGGGCGGAGAUUUGAAAGACGAGGCGUCCUGUCGGGACUACCUGGUUGGGGUCGCAUUGCCUACUUUUCGAAGGGUCUACCAACUCACUCAAGACAUCUAUGCGGAAGUUAACAUGCUGAAUUUACCCUGA